AUGUCAUUGCGACAAAAGGCUGAAGCUCUCAAGCAGAGAAUCGAUGGUCUCCUCGUAGCGGGUGGUGACGCAGCAAUUUUAAUCCUCCGAGUCGUCCAUGUUACAGCUGAUUGGUGCCCCCCUCUAAAGAGCGCGACUGGCAGUGCACUCUUCAUCUUCGAUGAGACAAAGAAGUUCAAGGAGAACAAGAAGGAAUGGGUUGAUCUUGGUCAAUAUGCGGUCGACGCCGUGGCCGAGGUGGUUUCGGCCAUAGAAUCCUAUGAUACGUCAGCGGAUUCGGAAGGAGAAAAUCUGUGGGUGGAGAGUGCCACAAAGCUUAAUGACGCGCUACAGAGGAUUAGGUCCGAAAUCGAACGAAGACAGGGAAAGGCAGAGAAACGGCCGGGUUUAAUAAAUGUAUUUUCGUGCUUGCGAGACGCAGGACGGAUUGAUGACCUAAAGAAAGAUCUUGACAAGGCAUUGGCAUCGUUUCAGCUUAGGACGAACUUAACGACUGGUGUCAAAUUGUCGGCCAUAGAAGGUGGUGUAGACCGUUUGCAGGGUGACACAAUUCUCGGUAGUCUCCGGUACCCUCAUAUUGCCCACGAUGAUUCCACUCAGGCGUGCCUAGAUGGUACGAGGGUUGACCUCACUGAACGUAUUAUGACAUGGUGUCGUAACACUGGGGAUAGCGAGAACCGGUUAAUGCUGCUGACUGCUGUAGCCGGUGCCGGCAAGACUUCCAUUGCACUCACGAUAGCAGAACGAUGUGAAAGGGAAGCUACCCUGUUACUACGUUUCUUCUUCAGGGAAGGUGAACAGCCACGGCCCGAUUUCUUAUUCAGCGGCAUGGCUAGAGCUCUAGCAGACCGUGACCCGGUUUACCGCACUUUCAUUACCUCUACUCUUCGAAAUGACCCCAGUCUCUCCACGGCUCCACUCACCACACAAUUCAAGAAACUGGUGGCUUCGCCUCUCCACCGUAAACCUCCAUUUUCCGACCGUCCUUUGGUGGUUAUCAUCGACGCUUUGGACGAAUGUGAUGAAGGAGCAUUUGAACCCCUUGCUAAGAUUCUCCGCGAGGAAGUGCCCAAGUUACCACCUUCCAUAAAGUUUUUUGUCACAUCGAGACAUGUUGAUCUUGUUAAUCGCUCCCUCUUACGCCAUGUCUCUAUCGACCAUCUUACCAUUGAUCUCACGGACGCCACAAACGUGCAGGACUGCGCUGCAUACAUACGCUUCCAGCUACAAGAGCUGAAGGAUUGGCAUUCCGAAUUGCGGCAUAAUCUGCAUGACGAGGAUAAAACAGUACAGGAGAUCUUAGAACGAGCGGGUGGCUUGUUUAUUUGGGUUAGCACCAUCUUUCGCUACAUGAAGAUGGCCAACAAGGACCCUAUGAGGACCCUAGAAAGCCUUCUAGGCACCAGUGCCAAGCGACCAAAGGUCCCUGCUGAGAGAAUGAUAGAUCUCUUGUACUCGAGCAUUUUGAAGAAGUGUAAUUGGGGGGAUGAAGAUUUUGUGCACGACUACCCAAUCGUGAUGGGAGCAAUCUUCGUUGCAAAGCAACCUCUAUCUGUGGCAGCCUGGGAUACGAUUUUGUCACCUUUCCUCAAGUCUUCUGUUCGAUACGCGGUGGCCGAACUUGCUCCUCUCCUCUCGGGGGUUGAGGAUUCUUACAUUCCGAUUCGCACCCUACAUCAAUCCUUCCGCAACUUCAUCGUGGACCGGAUCGAUCCCCACUCAAUUGACCCUGGUUGCAAUCCAGUAGAUCUGGGGGUGGAGAAUGCUAGGAUUGCCCUGCGAUGUACCGAGAUUCUGAACCAGGAUCUUGGCUCUGUGGAGGGCCUAGGAUUGAUUGAAAACAUAUCCCAACGAGAUGAAGUGCCGUGCAUUCCCUUAGAGAAGUUACCCGAGCAUCUUUAUUAUGCAUGUCGCCACAUUGUCCACCAUCUCAGUGAAGUCCAGGAGCCAUCACAGGAGCUCAAUGGGUCAGUUAGCACGUUUCUGAGUCAGGAAGCAAUUCCGUGGGUGGAAGUCUGUGUGAGAACGGAAGGUUACAUUAGUGUCUCGUUACUCCCUGAGUGGGUUAAGUUGACUGUUGACCACAAGUCAGAAGAUGCUGCCGGCGCACUAGCCAGUGUGCUAGCAGGGCUUCCAGAGAAUUUAGUAUUUUUUUCAAGGUUCCAGGAGGCAUAUGAAGCAGCAAACGAUUCUGUCGUACUUUGCCGUAACCUUGUUUGUGUGGACUCAGAGCUCUGUACCCCAUAUUUGGCCAGGUCACUCAACAGCACAUGUAUAGCUCUUUCCGGGCUCGGACGGCACUUAGAGGCGCUCCCAUUCAUGGAAGAAUGCGUCAAGCUCCUCCGGCAGCUAGUUGCUGUUAACCCAGGAUCAUACACCCACUGUUUGGCCAUGUCACUUAACAAUCUAUACGGUGCUUUCGCCCAGCUCGGACGUCACGCCGAAGCGCUUCCAUUCAUUGAAGAAAGCACCACACUUUGCCGCCAGCUAGUUGUGGUUCGCCCCGGAUCAUUCACCCCAGAUUUGGCCAUGUCACUCAACAAUCUAUCUGUUGCUCUUUCUGCCCUUGGACGGCACUCUGAGGCACUCCCAUUCAUUGAAGAAAGCGUCAAGUUCCGCCGCCAGCUAAUCGCUGUUCAUUCAGACUCAGGAUCAUGCACCCCGCAUUUAGCCAUGUCACUGGACUAUCUAUAUUUGGCUCUUUCCAAUCUUGGACGGCACACCGAGGCACUCCCAUUCAUCGAAGAAAGCGUCACACUUUACCGCCAGCUGGUCACUAUUCACCCAGCAUCACACACCCCGGAUUUGGCCAUGUCACUCACAUAUCUAUGUGCUGCUCUUUGCAAUAUUGGACAGCACUCCGAUGCCCUUCCAUUCAUUGAAGAAAGUGUCACACUCCACCGCCAGCUAGUUGCUGUUUACCCAGGAUUGCACACCCCGAAUUUGGCCUUGUCACUCAACGAUCUAUAUGAUGCUCUUUCCAAGCUCGGACGACACUCUGAGGCUCUUCGAUUCAUCGAAGAAGGCGUCACCCUCUACCGCCAGCUAGUUGUUGUUAACCCAGGUUCAUAUGCCCCGGAUUUGGCCUUAUCACUCAACAAUCUAUGUUUAGCUCUUUCCAAGCUCGGACGACACUCUGAAGCACUGCAAUUCAUUGAAGAAAGCAUCAAAAUCUGGCGCCAGCUAGUUGCCAUUAACCAAGGAGCACAUACCCCAGGCUUGGCCAGGUCACUCAACAAUCUAUAUGACACCGCUCUUUCCAAACUCGGACGGCAUUCCGAAGCACUCCCAUUCAUUGAAGAAAGCAUUAAACUCUGCCGUCAGCCAGUUGCCGUUAAUCCAGGAGCACACAACCCGGAUUUGGCCACAUCACUCAACAAUCUAUAUGACGCUCUUUCCGUGCUCGGGCGGCACUCUUCAGCCCUCCCGUUUAUUGAAGAAAGUGUUAGAAUCUGGCGGCAGCUAGUCGCCAUUAACCCUGGAGCGCACACCCCAGAUUUGGCCAUGUCACUUAAUAAUCUACGUAACGUUCUUUCCAAUCUCGGGCAUCAUUCCGAAGCACAAAUGGUUUGCAUUUGA